GGCCACGACACCGCUGUUGCGGCGGAGGUCAAUAAACACUGCACACCACGUUGAAGUUCAGAUUAUUAUGACGGCGUAGAAAUACACAGUAAUUGAGGGCUGGGGGAAUGAUAUAUCAGACAUGAAUAUUGCCCAAAACGCAACGCGGUGGGCCUUGCUGCGCCGCCUGGUGAACUGCCGUGAAAACGCGUCACUAUUCUUCAGUGCGAGAACCCAAACCAACAGAGCCAUCCACACUGAGUAUAUCCAGCCCCUGGUACGCAGCGUCUACUUUCCAAGUUUACAGGCAAUCAAAUCUGGGCAGAUACCGGAGAUCAACCCGGAUAUCGUCGUCCUAGACAUGGAGGACACGGUCCCAAUGGCCGAGAAGGACUGUGCGCGACCUUUGUUUCUGAAAAUCAUCGAGUCCUGGCACCGCCCGCAACCGCUUUUCGUUCGACUAAACUGCGCAGACGACUAUCUGUUAAUGUUGAAGGACGCCAACACCCUGUCGCAUAUCAACGUUGCUGGGUUUGUUCUCCCCAAAGUUCAGCGCGGGAGCGCUUUCGAGGAGUACGAAGUUGUGGUCCGGGAGCAGGAAUCGAGAUUAAAACUUCCGCUCGGCACUUUUCGGUAUAUUCCGAUGAUAGAAACUGCCGAGGGAUAUGCCAAUGCUUUCUCAAUAGCCAGUGGAGGUUUCGGCAGGAAUUUUGCUGUUGCUAUUGGUAACAAUGACAUAUCAUUUGACACCCAAUCAGAGCCUCUCAGUUCUCUGAUACAGACCUUGCGGAAUCAGGUAACUUUUGCCGCCAAAUCUGGAAACAUCCCAGUUUUAUGGGGCGUUCAUUUAAACGAAGACGAUUAUGGGACCUUCGAGCGCAUUUGCCUGGAAGCGAAGGCUUCUGGAUGUGACGGCGGAAUCGCUCUGUCGCCUGCGCAUGUCACAAUUUUGAACCGGGUAUUCUCGACAUCGCCGAGUGAAGCCGAAGAUGCCCGAAUGAGAGUCGAUUUCAAAAAAUCGAAUCCAGGGGUGUCCUAUCACAGAUACCCGCAGUCCACAAGGACAAUUUUGGCGCUGCCUCUUGUUAAAAAGGCGGAGAAUAUUUUAGAAAGGAUUGAGAAGGAAAGGUUAUAUGACGCUGAAAAGAAGAAGGGCAUUCGUAACGACCGAGAUGAUUUUGAAACACCCGCCUCGGUCACGAUUCCGUCACGUGUUCCCGAAAUUUUCCCAGGAGGAGAACCAAAAUUCAACACGUGGGAAAAAGAGCAGACGAUUGUAGCUCCCUUUGAAUUAACCAUAGAUGGCGCAAUGAUGACACUUUGGGACAGUUCCUUUUAUCAAAACAGCCUUCUUUGCAGCAGUGACGAAUUUUCUAAAAGCUGCGGUUUGGCAGCGAGGCAAUUACCACUGGGACUUUUAGGCAUGGUAGCUAUUGGGAUGUCAGUCAGCACUUUCACAGAGCACUGCCGUUACCAUCUUGGCUUCAAGAAUCUGCGACAGUUACAUCCGAUGUCACCAGGUGUCACUGUGAGAGCUGUCAUGUCAGUCCUUGAUGUGAGACGCGCAGGUAAUGAAGGGAAAUACGACGUAGUGACGUCACGGCAUGAGCUCACAGAUACGAGCGGCAUUUCGUUACUGAGUGUUGACAAAAUAUCCAUGUUUCCACAAGGCAUGUUUCCAAAAAUACAACCAAGUGCAGAAACGAAAUCGGAGACAUCCGCCGUCAAAGUCAUUAGUAAACUGAAGAGAACUGUGGUAGAUGGCGCCAAAGACUGCUCAAAAUGCCCGUUUCACGAAGCAGCUGCUGUCGAGGUUGGAAAGGUGUACGCUCAUCGCCUUGUCAAAGUGCUGACAGACGCCGAGUCACGUGGUCUCUCCCAUUUGAUGUGGUUGACCAAUCCGCACCACUUUAACAUAAUGAGGUUUUCUCAUGCCGAAAUAGUGGUACCAGGCCCAUUUGUCAUGGCUGCUACCAUUGCCAACACUGGUCUAGACUAUGGCUACGUCAUGUACGAGGAAAUUACGUCAUGUACCAAUCCAAACCGUGUUAAUGUGGGGGACAUGAUCAGCUCGCUCUCAUGCGUCACAGAGGUCAAGGCCGUGGACGGUAACCCAGAUUUAGAAGAAUUGACGAUGCGCCUCUAUGGGCUUAUUAAUAUUGACACGGAAGAUAUACUGCAUAUCAACGUGCCAGGUGAUGUUUUAGAAAAAGAAGACUUUAAGGCAUCAGAAAUGGAAGAGAUUCUCCGAGUCAACUGUCCUGCGCUCUUUCACAAAGUGGCGUGCAUAAUGACGAGGAAGAUGAUUCGAUUUUCUCCAAGUUCUGAGAUCUCGUAGAUUGUCACAUAUUCCAGCUCAUAAUUAUGGCAGCACAUUUAAGACAUAUGGUCCCUGUUUAGUGCCCCGUACUGAGAUUGCUGGAAGUAUAAAAAUUCAAAUCCUAGACCUAUUUCCAUUAUAUCUCACUCAUUGGUGUGUUUGAACAUGUACUCAUAAAAAACAACUUAAUGCCUUCACUGCUGUCAUAACUAAUGGCUAUCACUGUUUGGAAUAUACAUUAUGGGUUUGGUGAUAUAAUCCAACUAUUUCUUGUAUAGACCUUAUUCAGCAUUCAUUUCUGAAUCAUCUAGUUUCCCCUUCUGCCACUUUCAGCACCUCUUCAUGCCAUCCUUUUCACCAAAAGGAUGUAAAGAUCGAGCCUUGGUUAACUCCUCUGAGGUGCUACCUGCUAACAGAGGUCAUCUGGGUGAUGACGUCAUUUUUGUUGGAAUUCUUGGUGUGCACAGCACAGCAAUGUGUGCAGAAUAGCCAGAGAAAUGCGUCCCACCUUUUUUUUCAUUAGCGAAUAUUGCGAGAACCUUGAACUUCAUUUCUUCUAUCUCGUUUCUCCCAUGUGUAUGAUAUCGGUAAGAUGGCACUCUUUAGCCAGCAGGGUGAUGACACACAUACACACCCACACACAAUUAAAAUUAAUAAAUAAAUAAUAAAAAAACAAACAAAUGACAUGUAUCAACCCCGACUCCGAGUUUCACGGGCAUACCCAGAAGGUAUGCCCG